AUGUCCUCCCAGAGGUUAACUUCAAACAGAACCUCCCAGCCGCUGGCAUCACAUUCUGAUUACACCUGGGAGUAUGAAUAUUACGAAAUCGGGCCAGUUUCCUUUGAAGGACUGAAGGCUCAUAAAUAUUCCAUCGUGAUCGGGUUCUGGGUUGGCCUUGCAGUCUUUGUGAUUUUCAUGUUUUUUGUGCUCACUUUGCUGACCAAGACGGGCGCCCCACACCAAGACAACGCGGAGUCUUCGGAGAAGAGGUUCAGAAUGAACAGCUUCGUGUCCGACUUCGGGAAGCCUCUGGAGCCGGAGAAAGUGUUUGCGCGUCCGGGCCCGGAGGAGUCCCGCUCCGUGUUCCACUGCUACAUCAGCGAGCUGGACGGGGCGGGCGGGGCCGCGGCCGGCCCGGGGACCCCGGCCCCGGACAACACCCGCCGGCCCCCCGAGGCCGCCCGGGGCGACGGGCCGCCCGCCCGCGCGCCGCCCCACCUCGUGGAGUUUGACCUCCCCAACUUCGUGAACACGGACCACAGCUCCUCCUUCGCCGAGGACGACCUCCUGAUCUCCGAGCCACCGAUCGUUCUGGAAAACAAGCCCGUGUCCGAGGCCUCCCGCAGGGGCCUGGACUGA